AUGGUCUCGGAUCAGACAGGCUCCCCGAAGCGUGUUCAGUCGGUCUGGGGUCCUAACAUAUUUUUGUUCACCGUCUAUUGUUCGCUCGCUGGACGGCUGAAAGUGGUGCCGAGGAGGGCUGAGAAGACCAUGUCCUGGGAUAAGUCGGAGCGCGCAUACUCAUCGCUUCUGGUGAGGACUGGUGUCGGUAGGGGGCCAUGUUGGAGCCAGGUUAAGUAA